GCUUCACUUCACCCCACCUUACCCGUUACUUACAUACCUCCAGGGCUUACAUAGUAGGUACCUGUUGCAGCUCAGCGAUUAGCCUACCCUCUUAACCCUUCACAUACAACAGCCACAACAAACAUCAUAAGGCUCAUGAUAGAAAGCUCUUCAAAUAAACUGUCAAUAUGGAUAUGGCACUGAAGUCGUGGGAGCUGGACAACGCCAUCCAGCUUGUUGAUCCCACGCGAGAUGCCCUCUAUCAAUAUACUCCCCCCGAAGAAUCAUUCGCUGCUCUAUCGAAGCCCGGAGCAGACAAUCCCAACUACUUCCAGCAUGUGCGAAUCAGCGCCGUCGCUCUCAUCAAGAUGGUCAUGCAUGCCCGUUCUGGCGGUUCUAUCGAGGUCAUGGGCCUGAUGCAAGGUUAUACCGACGGCGAUACCCUCGUUAUUACCGACGCUUUCGGCCUACCUGUCGAGGGAACAGAAACCCGUGUAAACGCCCAAGACGACGCCAACGAGUACAUGAUCCAGUACCUGCAGCUCUCCAGAGACCAGGGAGCCCGUCAAGAAAACGUUGUGGGUUGGUACCACAGCCACCCCGGCUACGGCUGCUGGCUCAGCGGCAUCGACGUCGGCACGCAAAGCAUGCAGCAAAAGUUCAACGACCCCUUCGUCGCCGUCGUCAUCGACCCGGACCGCACCAUCAGCGCCGGCCGCGUCGAGAUCGGCGCCUUCCGCACCUACCCCGACAACUACAAGCCCGCCGAGAGCAAUACUUCCACAUCCUCGGGUCAGUCCGUGCCGCUCGCGAAGGCCGAGGACUUCGGCGCCCACGCGAGCCGCUACUACAGCCUCGAGGUCUCGCACUUCAAGUCGACGCUCGACUCGAAGCUGCUCGAGCUGCUCUGGAGCAAGUACUGGGUCCAGACGCUCUCGCAGACUCCGCUGCUCACCAACCGCGACUACGGCGACAAGCAGAUGCUCGACCUCAGCUCCAAGAUCCGCGAGGUUAGCACCAUGUACCAGCGCCACGCCAGAAGCGGGAACAUGGGACAGCCGCAGGGCAGCGGCAAGAGCGUGCUGGAUGUUGAGAUGGAGAAGUUGGCCCGCACGAGCAAUUCGGUGGCUAUGAAUGAAAAGCAGGGGCUCAUGGCUGUGGAGAUGAAGGCUAAGCUGUUCAAUGAUUUGGGCACUGUACCCAAGAAGACAUGAUUUAAGACAUGAUUAGUUACUUUACGGUGCCGUCGAUGGAAAAUAGGUUACCUGGGAUCCCUGUUUAAAGGGAAGGGGGGAGGGGGGUUCAAGCAUGAUCCAUCCUAUUGUGAAGGCGGACUUACCUGAAGGGGUCCUUUACUUUUAUUCAUGAUGAGAUAUGAAUCAUUCCAUGGCGUUCGGAUUGGGGCAAAUGGGAGUUCGUUAGAGAUGAGAAAAAACAUGAUAAUACACACUUUCCGUCCAAGAAU